AUGAAUGAUCAGGCAAUUAUUAAAAUAGAACCACCAGAAUAUCCAGUAGAAGACAUUAAAUGCGAAAAUGAGGAUGAAUUUGAUGUCACUAUUGCUAUUGUUAAAUCUGAAUCGUUUUCUGAAGACAAUGAUACUUGUUUAGAAAGAUUUAUGAAUUCCGAGGUGACAAUUGAAGAUGAAGUCAAGCAGGAGUCUUUUGAUUGUGACAUUUGUAAUCAAUCAUUUGCAGAAUCACAUCAUCUGACAAAGCAUAUGGUCGAUCACAUGCCUAAUCAUAGCGAAAAACGUCCUUUUAAAUGUGAAAUCUGUCAAAAGACAUUCACAGUAUCAGGUCAUCUGAAGAGACACAUGCUCAUUCACAGUGGGGAGCGCCCCCAUGAAUGCAACAUAUGCAAGAAGUCAUUCAAUCAAUUAAGUACUCUAAAAAUUCACAUGCUCAUUCAUAGUGGUGAGCGUCCCCAUGAAUGCAGUAUAUGCAAAAAGACAUUCACAGUAUCAGGUCAUCUAAAGACACACAUGCUCAUUCACAGUGGUGAACGUCCCCACGAAUGCAAUAUAUGCAAGAAACAAUUCCAAGUAGUAAGUCAUCUGAAACAACACAUGUUGAUACACAGUGGUGUACGUCAGUAUGAAUGUCAUAUAUGCAAGAAACAAUUCAAACUAGCAAGUCAUCUGAAAAGACACGUCCAGAUACACAAUAGAGCAAUUAAAAUUGAACCACCUGAAUAUUCAGCAGAGGAAAUUAAAUGUGAAAUUGAGGAAUUUGAUCCUCUUGAUGCUAUUGUUAAAUCUGAAUCGUGUUCUGAAAAUGAUGAAACGAGUUUAGAAAGAUUCAUGAAUUCCGAGGUGACAGUUGAAGAUGAAGUCAAACAGGAGUCUUUUGAUUGUGACAUUUGUAAUCAAUCAUUCGCAGAAUCACAUCAUCUAACAGACCACAUGGUCGAUCACAAGCCUAGUCAUAGCAAAGAACGCCCUUACAAAUGUGAAAUCUGUCAUAAGACAUUCACAGGAUCAGGUCAUCUGAAGAGACACAUGCUCAUUCACAGUGGGGAGCGCCCCCAUGAAUGCAACACAUGCAAGAAGACGUUCAAUCAAUUAAGUCAUCUAAAAAAUCACAUGCUCAUUCAUAGUGGUGAGCGUCCCCAUGAAUGCAGUAUAUGCAAAAAGACAUUCACAGUAUCAGGUCAUCUAAAGAGACACAUGCUCAUUCACAGUGGUGAACGUCCCCACGAAUGCAAUAUAUGCAAGAAACAAUUCCAACUAGUAGGCCAUCUGAAACAACACAUGUUGACACACAGUGGUGUACGCCCAUAUGAAUGUAAUAUAUGCAAUAACACAUUCACACAAUUAAAUCAUCUGAAUCGUCACAUGCUUGUUCACACUGGUGAGCCUCCCCAUGAAUGCUACAUAUGCAAUAAGACAUUCACAGAUUUAGUUGAUCUGAAGAGACACUUGCUCAUUCACAAUGGGGAGCGCCCCCACGAAUGCAGGAUAUGCAAUAAGACGUUCCAAAUAGCAAGUCGUUUGAAAAGACACAUGCUGAUACACAGUGGUGCACGUCAGUAUGAAUGUAAUAUAUGCAAGAAACAAUUCAAACUAGGAAGUCAUCUGAAAAGACACGUCCAGAUACACAAUGGAGCCCGUCCUCAUCAAUGCAACAUAUGCAAUAAGACAUUCACAAAUAUUACCGUCGUCGUUACUUUUGCCUCUGUAGAUGUUACAACCAAACCCAAAUACGGGAACACACGGUCAUUCACAUGUGGAAAGCGUCCCCAUGAAUGCAACAUAUGCAAUAAGAAAUUCACAAAGUUGAGCAAUCUGAAAAGCCACAUGCUCAUUCACAGCGGUGAGCGUCCCUAUGAAUGCAGUAUAUGCAAGAAGACAUUCAAUCAAUUAGGUAAUCUGAAUAACCACCUGCUCAUUCACAGUGGUGAGCGCUCCCAUGAAUGCAGCACAUGCAAGAAGACAUUUACACAUUCAAGUAGUCUCAAAAAUCACAUGCUUACUCACAGUGGUGAGCGCCCACAUGAAUGCAACAUAUGCAAUAAGAAAUUCACAAAGUUAAGCAAUCUGAACAGCCACAUGCUCAUUCACAGCGGUGAGCGUCCCUAUGAAUGCAAUGUAUGCAAGAAGACAUUCAAUCAAUUAGGUCAUCUAAAGAGACACAUGCUCAUUCACAGUGGUGAACGCCCCCACGAAUGCAAUGUAUGCAAGAAACAAUUCCAACUAGCAACUCAUCUAAAAAAUCACAUGCUCAUUCAUAGUGGUGAGCUUCCCCAUGAAUGCAGGAUAUGCAAUAAGACAUUCAAUCAAUUAGGUAUUCUGAAACGUCACAUGCUCAUUCAUGACAGAAAGCAACCUUAUACAUAUAAGAAGAAACAACAUAUUUGUUAG